AUGCCGGAUUUUGAUAAGGAUGCUUACCCGGAGCCUCCCAGGAAAACUCCUGCACCAAAUAAGCAGAGUGCUCUCCCGGAUCCAGCUUUAAUCUUGACAAAGCUUUUCUAUUACUCCGUGGACUUGCCUGUCACCACAUUCAGAGGUAUUGUGGACACUGUUCGUUCCAACAACAAGUCCGUGUACUACCACCAGAAAUUCCGUCGAGUUCCUGACCUGACUACGUGUGAGGAGGGGGAUUACCUGUGCUACUAUGAAGCAGACAUGCAGUGGAGGAGAGACUAUAAAGUGGACCAGGAAAUACUGAAGAUUGUCCAGGAGCGAAUGAGGGCCUGUCACCAGAGAGAAGGGAACAGUUAUCAGCAAAACUGUGCAAAGGAAAUUCAGCAGUUCACUGAUGCGAGCAGAGAAUUCCAGUCACGCUAUGGAGACCUUGGGGCCUAUGCCAAUUCACGGAAAUGUUUAAUGAAGCAAAAACAAAGAAUGAUGGAAGCUCAGGCCCAGAGUGCUUAA